AUGUCACGCGACUCUCCCGCGGAUUCCGGAAGCGUGAGUAUUCUGUUUAUUGUUGUUCCAAAACGUAUUCAUAUUUCUUUCAGUUGAGCGAAAAGAAGCGGUUCGAAAAUCAUCUGCGAAUCCUUCUGAUCAGCUGGCUCCGUGACGCAAAGAUUCCGUUCGCAAUGGUCGACAAUCCGAGAUUCCGCGAUAUUAUUCACCAUCUGAACCCGAAAAUCGAUCCGCCCAGCUUCUCGAGUCUUCUUCAAAUGGCUGCUCUGGACAACGACAAGUUCCAGACGUACGACUCGGUGCUCAAGUAUGACGUGCUCCGAGAAAAGAUCGAAAAAGAGUCCGGAAUCAAUUACCCCGUCGACAGCGAGUCUUCCAACCUUCUGGAUCCUUCUAAAUUCGUCUUCGGAUCUCGCACCUAUCUUCCGCUGAACCUCAAGGAACUUCCGACGGUCGAAGAGUACAAAGUGGGGCAUUAUGAGGCGAAAUCAGGGCUGAUCAACUGGCCGUGCAUCGUGUGUCUCAAACGACACAACUGGAACAAAGUGCGGACGGUUACGGCCGGAGAAGCGGUCAUCUUCAUGUUCGUGUGCGUCGCCGAGGGAGUCUAUCCGUUGGAGGUCGCACAAAAACUUUGUGCGUUGAAGCAGACAAAGUGUUGUGUCGAGCAUUUUAUCCCUGUGGUAAGUGUUUAAUGAUUCAUUUACUGGCACCGUUUGAUAACUCGAUUUCAGUACGAAGCAACGCUCCGCCGCAUAGGAAUCAAGCACCCGAAUCAGAUUGACAACGUCGACAUUCAUCUGCUUUCCGACGCUCUCGCCAUCGUUCGAAGUAUAAAAGACGUAGAUAAGCACACGGCGGAUGCUCGCGAGAAGUACGUGAAGCCGUUCAGAACGUCGUUGAACAGCUUUUUGAAAAACUAUCAACCGAAGGCGGUUUUCCCGGCCGUACAUUAUGUGGAAAAGGUGAGAUUUGAGAAUUCGUGUAAGGGGUCGAACCGAACUGCUUCAGAUGAAGAGAAAACGAGCAUCACAAGAGGCUCCACAGCUCCGAUCGCCUCCACCUCAACCAUCUGGACCAGUGACUACGCAACUGGCCAGUGCGGGCCGCCCGGGAGAAGACAGCUUUCCGGAGCAGCUCCUCGAAGAAAACGUGUCCAGCACAACGAAUGUUUCAGUUUCCCGCUAUGAUUUCAUUGAGAACCUUUAGAUUCUCACUAAUUUUCUAACAUUUUUGAUUAGCAUUUGUUGACAUUCCAGUAGUUUUGUACUUCUUUCCGGUUAGAUAAUAUCAUUGCACAAUUUUGGAUCUCUUGAGUAACCUAAACAUAUAUAUUUUGCCCUUUUUUGGCUGUCAACUUGGCUCUGUGGUAAAGUUGUUUCAACUAAAACUUACCUUUUGUUAUGUUUUGAACGGAUCUUUUAUCCUUAUUCAGGUCCAAUGCCCAAAAUAACCACUGCUCUCAUCGAUUUGAGUGGAACAUUGCACGUGGAAGAGCUUGCGAUUGCGGGAGCUCAGACCGCUCUCGAGGUGCUGCGGAGCCACGUGGCAGUGAAAUUUGUGACGAAUACGACAAAGGAAUCGCAGAAUCUGCUGCAUCAAAGACUUCAAAAGUGCGGAUUCCGAAUUGAAAAGCAUGAGAUAUUCACGAGUCUCUGCGCCGCGCGUGAUCUGAUUCUCAAGAAUCGAUACCGCCCGUUCUUCAUGUUGGACGAGAAGGCGAUGGAGGAUUUUGAAGGUGGCAACGAAAACAACAGUAGCUGCAUAGUAUAUGACUUUCAGGAAUUCCGACGGACGAUCCGAAUGCAGUUGUUAUUGGUUUGGCGCCGGAGAAGUUCAACGAUUCGACAAUGACCGAGGCAUUCCGACUGAUCAAAGAAAGUGAGUUUGCCUACAUUCCAACCAGGAUCCACUGAUUUUGACUUGUAGACAACGCUGCUCUCAUCGCAAUCCAUAAAGGAAGAUAUUAUCAGAAAAAGGACGGAUUGCACUUGGGACCCGGUGCUUACGUGGCCGGAUUGGAGUAUGCCACGGGUGUUCAGGUCUAGUCCAUUUUGAAAUCUAUCAAGUACCUGAAAUUGAUGACUUUCAGGCCAAAAUAGUCGGUAAACCAGAGCGACUCUUCUUCCAAAUGGCCCUCGAAACCCUUUCCACUCCGGCCGACUUCUCCAGCGCCGUCAUGAUCGGAGACGACGUGAACGACGACGUUCUGGGCGCCGUCGAGGCGGGAAUGCGGGGAAUUCUUGUGAAAACUGGCAAGUACAGAAGUGGUACGUCUUCUGAAAGAGUUUCAGAGUGCCAGAGAAAUACUGUAUGGUUUCAGGAGACGAAGAUAAAGUGCAAAAUGUGGCCGAUUCGUUUGUGCAGGCGGUAGAGAUGAUUAUUGCGAACCGAGUAGAAUAA